AUGAGUGCUUCCAAGAUGGCCAUGUCCAACCUAGAGAAAAUACUAGAAUUGACCCCGCUCUCGCCCACCAGUUUUGUCACGAGAUGCCUGCCAGCUGCGCCCGUAGGAUCAAAGGGCACGUUUGGUGGCACGCUGGUGUCACAAUCGCUGCUGGCAUCGCUGUAUACCGUGCCAUCGAACUUCUUCCCGACCUCGCUACACUCGUACUUCAUCAAGGGUGGCGACCCGCGGGCCAAGAUCACGUACCAUGUGCAGAACUUGCGAAACGGCAGAAAUUUCAUCCAUAAGCAAGUCAGUGCCUACCAGCACGACAAGUUGAUCUUCACCUCGAUGAUCCUUUUUGCCGUCAAGCGCUCUAUGGAGCACGACUCCCUGCAGCAUUGGGAGACCAUCGCUGGUCUGGAGGGCAAGCAGCCGGAUCCGCACCGGUACGAAGAGGCUUCUUCACUCUUCCAAAAAGAAGUCCUGAGCCCACAGAAACUGAGUCGCUACGCCGCCCUGUCUGACAGGUUCCAGGAUGCAGCUUCCAUGAGCAAGUACGUGGACGCGUUCCAGUACGGCGUCAUGGAGUACCUCUUCCCCAAGGACAUGUUCUACUCGGCAAGACACACGGACGAACUGGAUUACUUCGUCAAAGUGAGACCGCACGUCACUACGGUCGAACACGCAGCUGACGAGUCCUCUUUGUCCAAACACCAUCCGUACCGAAUCCCCAAGAGCAUUACCCCCGAAAAUGACGCCCGCUACAACUACGUUGCCUUUGCAUAUCUCUCGGACUCGUACCUCCUGCUCACGAUCCCGUACUUCCACAACCUGCCCCUGUACUGCCACAGUUUCAGCGUUUCCCUUGACCACACGAUCUACUUCCACCAGCUGCCACACGUGAACAGCUGGAUCCAUCUCAAGAUUUCCAACCCGAGGUCCCACUGGGACAAGCACCUCGUGCAGGGCAAGUACUUCGACACGCAGUCGGGCCGCAUAAUGGCAAGCGUCUCCCAGGAGGGCUACGUUGUCUACGGAUCAGAACGAGACAUCCGGGCCAAGUUCUGA